CGGCUUGCAGGACAAGGUGACCGAGGGACCCCGGCGUGAGUGGGGGGGGACCGGAGCAUCAUGGCACACUCCGUCUCAGCCUUCCAGGCUGCCUACAUCUCCAUCGAAGUCCUCAUCGCUUUGGUGUCCGUGCCGGGGAAUAUCCUGGUCAUUUGGGCUGUGAAGAUGAACCAGGCGCUGCGGGAUGCCACUUUCUGCUUCAUUGUCUCGCUGGCGGUGGCCGACGUGGCCGUGGGGGCUCUGGUCAUCCCGCUGGCCAUCAUCAUCAACAUCGGACCGCAGACGGAGUUUUACAGCUGCCUCAUGGUGGCCUGUCCUGUCCUCAUCCUCACCGAGAGCUCUAUCCUGGCGCUCCUGGCCAUUGCCGUGGAUCGAUACCUGCGGGUGAAGAUCCCCGUCAGGUAUAAGAGCGUGGUGACACCCCGGCGGGCAGCAGUGGCCAUCGCUUGCUGUUGGAUCGUCUCCUUUCUGGUGGGACUCACCCCUAUGUUUGGCUGGAACAAUCUAAACAAGAUGCGGAGGACUCAGGAGCUGAACGCCAGCCACACAGAGUUUGUCAUCAAGUGCCAGUUUGAGACGGUCAUCAGCAUGGAGUACAUGGUGUAUUUCAACUUCUUCGUUUGGGUCCUGCCUCCCCUGUUGCUGAUGCUGCUCAUCUACCUGGAAGUCUUCAACCUCAUCCGCAAGCAACUCAACAAGAAGGUCUCCUCCAGCUCCAACGACCCCCAGAAGUAUUAUGGGAAGGAGCUGAAGAUCGCCAAGUCAUUAGCACUGGUCCUCUUCCUCUUCGCGCUCAGCUGGCUCCCUCUGCACGUCCUCAACUGCAUCACCUUGUUCUGCCCAUCCUGCGAGACUCCGCACAUCCUCACCUACAUCGCCAUCUUCCUCACCCAUGGCAACUCGGCCAUGAACCCAAUCGUCUAUGCCUUCAGGAUCAAGAAGUUCCGGACAGCCUUCCUGCAGAUCUGGAACCAGUACUUCUGCUGCAAAACCAACAAAAAUGCCAGCACCACCACGGCCGAGCCAGGCAACUAG